UAUUCAACCCUCCCCACUCCUCUCAUAUGGGUGGCGCUUGGGAGCGCAUGGUCGGAGUUGCACGUCGCAUUCUGGAUUCCAUGCUCCUCCAGGUUGGACCUUCAAAGCUCACCCAUGAAGUCCUAGUCACUCUUAUGGCGGAGGUCAGUGCCAUUGUGAAUGCCAGGCCGCUAAUCCCUGUAUCCACUGACCCAGAGGCUCCCCUCAUUCUAACCCCUUCCAUGAUGCUGACGCAGAAAACAGGUGCAUCUCUUUCUCCAGCCAGUGACUUCUCAAAAGGGGAUUUGCUCAAGAACCAGUGGAAGAGAGUUCAAGCACUGGCAGAGACCUUCUGGGCUAGGUGGCGGCGAGAAUAUCUAAGCACACUACAGAGUCGGCAGAAACCCAAUCUAAAAGAAGGAGACAUAGUUCUGAUGAAGGACAGUCAGGCAAAAAGAAACCAGUGGCCAAUGGGAAUGAUUGUAAAAGCCACUCCCAGUAAAGAUGGAUUAGUAAGAAAGGUGGAAGUCAAAGUGACAAGAAAUCAGGCGGUCAAGAUAUUCUCCAGACCCAUCUCUGAGGUGGUCCUGCUUUUCUCCCAGAAAGAUGAGGAUACCCCAACAGGCACGCCUUCAACUCACCAGCGUCUUCAACACGGGGAUCAAUAACAGAGAAGCUGAGUCAGGGGACAUCAUGGCAAUGCUGUCCACAGCAUGUUGAGAGCUUCACUGUAAAACUGCGGUCGUAUUCCCAUGUCAAACUUGAAUGAGGUAGCAGCUAAUCUUAUGUACAGAGUCUGAUUAAAUCAGAAGGUGGGUUCAUAGUGUCAUAUUUCUUAAUAUGCCAGGCGGGGAGUGUAUUGGAACUAGUUUAUAGACUUAUUUUGUAGGUUCUUAGCACCACCUAGUGGUGAUUACAAAGCUGCUCUGAAGAGGAAGUAAGCCAAUUGUAAAUAGUCAGGAUGACAGGAAGCGGUGUUUAGGAACUUCCUUUUCCACAUGGGCUCGUAGAGGAAGCAUCACAGUUAACAAUCCUCGCAAUCCUGUGUCUUUAAGUCCACCAAACAGCUUCAUCCGUAAGUCAUCUUCAAUAUACAGUGGUAUUAACAUGUCGAUGUAAUUAUUUCUUGUUUUUGAGUGUAGUCAAAUUAUUUAUGAAUAUUGGUAGAUGAUGUUAGUGUAUUGUUGGAUUGACAUACCUACUUUCAGUACCUGGUAACAGUCAGUACCUGUUGUGAUAGUAUUCCUUCUCUAAUAAUGUACUAGAGACAUUAUUUAGUACAUACAAGGUACUUACAUGUUUGUAUCUUUGUGUCCUUUUUGCAGUUUUACAAAAUUACAUAUUUUCCUUCAUUAAAUCCUGCCAAACACAACAACCUGCCUGUUCCUUGGAGAAUGGAAUGCUGGAGAAUAUAAUGUUAAGCUAGCUGUAUAGCUGAAAAAUACGUUGCCUGCAACAACUUUUAGUGAGGACAGCAUAGUGGUUAUGUUUUCACAGCACCCACUUGCCCAAUUUCUGUUGUUUAAACUCUGUAAAAAACUCUUGUUAAUAAAUAACUUUCCCACCGUACCAACAACAUCUGGUUUAUGCGUACGUCCCUUACCCGGAGUGAGCUGGGAUGUAAAAGAAGUAAAGGCAAUAGGCUUCUCUGAACCAUCCUCCAUUACAUGUAUUAGCACUGCACAUGUUAGGGUGAUCUCCAUGUCUGGAUCAUAAUGAACAAGCAGCUUCGUUGAGUGAAGAAGUUCUUUCACUUCCUUAAAACCUUCCUACCGCUCUUCCUCCCACUGCCACUUCAUAUUAGUUCCUUAACACUCUUAGGGCUUGGGGCCCCCUUGAUAGCUGGCAACUUGUCUUCCACCAGACAGAGACCCUCAGCUGUGAUUUCAUGUCCCAGGAAGGUCAUAAACACACACUUGCUGCAUUUCAAUCUCAACCCUGCAUCUGAGAGCCUCUAUAGUGGUGUGUUCACACUGAAAGUGAAGUUAAUAUUUGCCUUGCUUUACUUGCGUGAGUUUGACUGCUGGUACCAUAUUUACCUGCGUAUUAUUUGCGCGAGUAUGCCAGUAGCCUAUGUGAA